AUGACCUGCAUUACUUACUCGGAACGGUACGGCUGCCUUGAAUGCCCGGCCUCAUGGACUUUUGACGAGAAUGCGAGGAAUCCGCUCGACAACCGUACCGUCAACGCGACCGACCUCGACGUGGCGUCUUGUGUGCCCCACCAAACGAUGGAAAACGAGCUGGCCAUCGUACGGAAUUACAAGGAGGCCGUAUCGUUCGCGCUGCCCUCCGAUCGCUACUGCCCGGCCUUCAAGUACAGAAACCCGAAGAGCGAUGUAUGCGACGGGAAAUGCCUGACGAACUGCGAGAGGUGCCGAAAUCCGGGGAUUUGCGACCGUUGUGAGCCCGGAUAUGUGCCGACGGUGAACGGAUGGGGAUGCUUCAACCCGGCGACGGAGACAUGCAAAGAGGGCUUUUUCUAUCGUGGGGGCCGCUGCUACCCCUGCUAUAUGGUGACCGACAGUUGCGCGACGUGCAAUGCGGAUUCGGGCCUAUGCAUAGAAUGUGACGAAGGCUUUGUACUUAUCCGAAAGGAAUAUGGCCAAAUCUGUCUACCGAUCUGCAUGAGAGGUACUUACCACGAUCCCGACACCCACGAUUGCGUCGAUUGCCCGAGCUGGUGUGCCGACUGUUACGGCCCCGGCGAAUGCCAAGAGUGCGCGCCCGGACUGUUCACCUACGAAAAAGGCGAAGACGAGAUGAUUUGUCUCAGCGCCUGCCCG